AUGGCAUUCACGAAAUUCAUUCUUCCCGCCCUCGCGUUGACGAGCACCGUCCUCGCACAAACCUCGACCGAUAUCUGCGCUGGUCCUUCAAUCACCAUUGCCAGCUCCGCAGAUGCCGAACAGAUCGCAGACUGCACCAACUACAAAGGAGAUGUCACAAUUGACUCUAGUGCUUCUGGGACACUCCAACUCAACGGUGUUAGACAGAUCUCUGGUGAUCUGCUUUGCAACAACGCAACUCAAUUGACAGCCAUCACUUCCGAUCAGCUAAACACGAUUGGAGGUUCAUUCAGUCUCACAGGACUGACGAUCCUCUCUACCCUCAGCUUCGAUUCCCUUACUGGUAUCAACAAGAUCAAUUGGGUCGGACUACCGGCACUUCAGGCUCUCAACUUUGCGCAGUCAGUCGAUCGCGCCAACACAGUCCUCAUUUCCAACACUCAGUUGAACAACAUUGAGGGAAUCGACCUGACCGCAGUCUCAAGUCUCGAUAUCAACAAUAACCCAUAUCUGACAUCUGUCAAUGUCAACUCUCUGAAGAACGUGACUACAGCCAUCUCCUUCUCCGCCAACGGACGCGAUUUGGAGAUCUUGUUCCCCAAUCUGGAGAAUGCUGCAAACUUGACCUUCCGAAAUGUGAGCAAGGUUGAUAUGCCUUCCUUGAACACCGUUGGUGGAUCCAUGGGUUUUUACUCCAACUCCUUCGAGACCUUUUCUGCACCCAACUUGACCCAGACUGGCGGUACAUUGGCAUUCGUCGACAGCCCCAACCUGGCCAACCUGUCCUUCCCUAGCCUUACACAGAUUGGCGGUGGUUUCUUGAUUGCCAACAACACCGACCUCAAAGCUAUUGGCGGCUUCGGCAAGCUCAAGACCAUCGUCGGAGCUCUUGAUUUCGCUGGUACAUUUGAUUCUGUCGACUUGGUCAUCACCGAGGUUCGCGGCGGAUCUAAUGUUCAGACCACCUCUACAAAUCAAACCAUUUGCCAACUGUUCGACAAAGCACAUGACGCCGGAGUCAUCCGUGGUAUCAACACUUGUAUCACUGGCAAGGCCAACCCAGAGAGCAACCCCACUUCCACCAGUGGAGGUUCGGCCACAUCCAGCACCAGCAAACCUGAUGCAGGAAACGCACUUGCACCUGCUAUGUCAAUGGCCGGUCUCGUUGGUGCCGUUGCCGCCCUUCUUUUCAUCUAA